AUGCCGCACAAACACAAGCGCAGACCCGACGAUGACGAUGCCAACCAGUACGUAACGCGCUCAUGCUUGACUGGCACCACUCACAGUAUUGGCGCAGAUUCAAUCUACCCCCAGAUCUCCAUGCAACAUCUCUUCCACUCUGCACCGAAAGCAAAGAAACGCAAGACCGGACAUGUCGAAGGUUACGGGGCAGACGACACACCAAAGGGCUUUGCGCGCCUGAUGGCCUUCUCACAAGGCACCAAGCCUAAACGAUCAGGCCUGGAUGACGGCCUUGUGAAAACGAAAAAGCAGCGCAAACAAGAGCAACAGCAACAAAAGGUGGCAGAGGGCACAGACCAAGAGGAUCGGGGCAAGGCCGAAAUACAGCAAAAGGCCGACAAAGUCGAUCUCCGAAUACAGCCGGGCGAGUCCAUGUCCGAAUUCAAAGCUCGGGUCGACCAAGCUCUCCCUCUCUCCGGCGUGACGAAAUCCAGUAAGAAGGUUGCAGGCGUCAGCGACCAUAGAAUUACGAAGCAUGAACGCAGACUGAAGCGUCUACAAAAAGGCUGGCGGGAAGAAGAAGCGCGCAUACGAGAGAAGGAGCAGGAGGAGCGCGAGUUGGCCGAGGAGGAGGAAGACGAGGAAAAGGCCAUGUGGGAGGACAAAACAUCAGACUUGCCUACUACGGUCAAUGGCAAGAAGAAAAAGGCGAAGAAGAGUAAACGUAAACUUUUGGCUGGCGAAGUCGAUAAUAAUAGUGAAGAUGAGUGGGAGGCGCUCAAUAAGAAGAGAGAGAGUAGGAAGGGCUUACAUGACGUGGUCUCUGCGCCCCCGGAGUUUACGAAGACACCGAGGGAGAUAUUCAAGGUAAAGAACGGGGCGGGGGCGAAGGUGGGCAAUGUGCCGAAUGCGGCGGGCAGUUUGAGGAAGAGAGAAGAGCUAGGAGAAGAGAGGAAGACAAUCAUCGACACCUACAGGGAAUUGAUGGCUGCAAAGAGGAACGCUUGA